AUGGGUGUCCAACCGCGACAGCCUCAACGGGGGCUCAGCUCGACGUUGCAGGUCCAAAGGCCUCCCAAUCAUCACCAGCGGAGUAUAUCGUCGUCUCAACAACAAUACCUCCCGACGUCCCCAGCCAGGCGAGAUGCAAGCGCAGCCUUCGAGCCCAGUACAGAACCCGCCGAGAUCAUGUUGGGUCGUCAUGUGUCCACUCCAAGACGGCAAGGCUCCAAGUUGCGGCUCGAGCUCUCAAACGAACUGAUAUCGACGGCCCCCUUAUCUGCUACCGAAUCGCCACAGACUCUUACGCCGUCUCGCAUGGUACCUCUUCCAGACCCUAUGGAGACGGAUACUACGAGUCCAGCAUUGUCACACCAAGAUGGCGACAACCCCCCGAUGCCAAUGCCGAAGCGUCGACUGCCUCAGACCUCGCAGGCCGUACCUUUCACCCGGCCGGCUGCUCCGACACCAACACUCGCCAAGAAAGAUGUGCGGCCGAAACCGUACACGGUGGAAGUUCCUGCCGCGGCGCCUCGAUACGUAAAUACGAAUAGACAUGAGACCUCAGGCCGAGAUCCAUUCAGCAAGGGCCUGUUUUCGGGGCAUGCGGACUUCUUUCCCUGGUCAGGCAAUCAUCAUGAGGACGAGUGGAGCACCGAAGCUAUCCAAAAGGGCACGUGGGAUAGAGGUAGUCAAAAUGAGGCGUCAUCAGCCCGAAUCGCCAUCUUCCCGUCGUUGAAGCAAAAGAGCGGCCUCAAUGCUUUGUCUACUAUAUUCAUGGGUGUGUUGAACCAACGCAGAAUUCGUGGCCAAAUCACAGCCCCAUCAACCUUUAAACCUCCGCCUCGGGUCACACUCACGGAUACGAAACGGGAGAUAUGGCUGAAGGAUUUGGCAAACCCAGCUAUAUCCCUCAGGCGUCUUAGCAGAACAAUUCCACAUGGUAUCCGGGGUAGAACCCUUCUUGACCAAUGUUUGAACAAGGACGUCCCUACGGAACGCGCAGUUUGGUUGGCCAAGUGCGUCGGCGCCAACGAGAUCCGAGCCUUCAAGAGGAAAGGAGCCAGCGGGGCUUUUGUCCUCGGGGGCGAACUGAAAUGGAUCAGAGAUUGGACUGUAUUCGUCGAACAGUUUAUUGAAUCAGUUGUCUCCGCUUUUGGUGAACCCGACUGGAAACCAAAGGUGACAUACGCGAUUCGUCUCGCAACAUGUCUUUACUCUGAACAACUACUCGAUCGCGAUCAUUACUUGGAGUGGAUUAUCUCUGGAUUGGAAAACAGCCCACAGUCAAGAAUCCCUAUGUGGAUGUUAAUUGGCCAGAUAUAUUGGAACGACCUGCUACACUCACGCAAAUGUGGCAGGCGCUUGGUAUUCGCAUUAUUGAAUCAUUUAAACACGAUUGAACAUGACCCCGACAGAGAUAUUCUCGUUCAGCUAUCCAGCCAGCUGUCGACGCUAAUCAUCUCUCUCAUCAAAACCAAUCCUGAAAGCUUUGUUUGUCCUCCUGCCUGGCAACGCUUUUGCGAGACUUUAAGGCUUGCGUUGCCGGCCGACGACGCAGUCGCCGAGGCUGCGUAUAAUACCAUCAAGUUGCGCAAUACGAGGCUCGUAGUUGCCAACACAACCUCGCCCCCAAGCGGCCGUCAGUACUUGGUACAGUUGCUAGAUUCAACGCUGCAGGGUCAGUGUUCUCCUGGACUGUCUGCAAGGUGUUGGGCGUCCGCGGAUGAAAAGACCGGAGUAUUGAGAACGGUAGUGGAAUGGGCUACGUCGCUGCACCGGCCCGGGCUGGCCAAGGUAUAUGUCGCUGCCGGACUGAUCGAGUCCUGGGGUGCCCAUAGGAUCAACGCGACUUCGACAAUCCUAGAUGCUCUUGGGGACAUGGCUCCUGGUGACAAGAUCAGGAAGAAACUCACCAUUCGACUGGUGGGUGAACUAGUGCGAGCUGGACACUUUUCAGUCCCUCAGUACAUGCAGUGGCUCAUUGGCCGUGGCGGCCUGCAUGGAGCCGACGAAAUCGACCCGGUUGACGGUCCCUGCCCGUCUCGUCUUCUGGUAGAGUUGCCUAUCCACUGCCUUGUAGAAGAGCAGAAGGCCCAGAGAGGCAGCCUCCUCAGGCGUGCCGGACAUUACUCUGUUGUGGAUGAGGCAACCGACAUCUCUUCGGCGCUUCAAUAUGUGGAUAGCUUCCUCGGGCUGUCAACAUAUCUCAACGGCCCUCAGCCUUGCCGAAGACCUCUGUCGUUGAAGAAGCUCUCGCGACGAAUAGAAGACAGCAGCUGGGCAGUACAAAGUACGAUCGGAUCUCAUCUGCACGAUGUCGUAACGUGCCUACUCCCUCCCAGGCCACACUUUGUUAUGACUUUAGCAAUGCUUGGUUCAAUUCGCACGAUAAUGGAGACAGUUGAGGACUUUUCGAUGCUUUCGAGAAUUCUGAAGACCUGUUCCACUGAUCCCGAUGUGGACAUUCUCGCAGCUUGCGUCGACACUAUUAACGCGCAUUUAGACAUCUUCAUGGCCAUAGGUACUGCAGAGACCCUUUUCGACCAUUUUAUUGAACGACUCAAGGUCAUGAGUCGAGACCAGGGAAUCGUCGUUCGGUCGCUGCUUGCGUCUCUUGCGUCUCUAGCUGCAAGGUUGCCACAGAGGGAGGAUCUUGCGAAACAACUCUCACGCGAACUGGCCCAGAAUGAUCGGUCCAACGCUAUCGACGCCUGCUCUCCCAUCUCGGACAGCAUGGCAACGCAAGCCCAGACGGCCGAAGAUGAGGUUUCGGAACAGAUUGACAAGCUUCUCGCCAGUGGCAACGUCAUUGAUCACCCUACCAUGAAUCGUCUUUUUCGAUACGUCAUCGUCAAGUUGGAAUCCGGCUGGGGAAAACUGGACGACAGUCGAAGGGUAUUCUCAUCUCUGUUGUCGCGACUGCGGAUGCUGGACGCUCUCCAUUUCGACAAACUCAUGGCAGACUGGGUCAGUCACAUCAGAACCCUAAAGGAACGGCCCCCAUUACCGGAGCUCUUCCCGCUCCUUGUUACCUUCGGCUGCUUGUCAAUGUCGACAAUACUCCAUACUGCCAAUGCCAGCUCUGUGAAUUUGGACGCCACUCGCGAUAUUGUAACGUCAAAAACUGCGACAUAUUUGCAAGAACUUCUCCAGCUCAUGGUUGUGAAGUUACCAGUUACUGCGUUGCUCGAUGCCGAGGAAACAUAUCGAUUUCAAAUUUAUCAACAAUGCGCCAAAUUUGAGCAUGGAAAGGGCCUGUUAGCUUUGAUACGCAACUCGCUUGUUGAGUACUCAGCUCUGCGGAUGGCCAGCCAAGCGACUAUGCUUCCUCUCGAUGAUGUGAAUUGUCAGGACUGCCUCUUGGAGACCAUGAGAUUCUUGGUCGUGGCCGACUCUGCAAUCGUCGCAGAAGUGUUAAACAUGAGUACGCUCCCCCCGGGGGCAACAUCCUUGGCGCACAGGCUGGUCACCAGACUUUUAUUACCUGAGGCUGAUUCCGAUCACCACCCGUCAUUUGAGCGAAUUCUGUCUCUUGCGAAUGAAUUGACAAUGCCCUUUUGUCAGCUCAAACUCAACCUAGACCUCUCUAUGAAUCUGCCCAACACCCCGGACGCCCAGAGCGAGGCACCUUCACGAUUUGAAGCAUUUGCCAAGGCUAUGGACCAGGCUAUCGAGUCUCACAACAUCAUUUGGACGAGCAUGCUGCCCUGUCUCAGCGACGACAUCACUCAAAGCCUUAAUAGAGAGGCUCACACGAGAUUCUUGGAUCUGAUGCCGUCGAGCAAAUCAGAAUCGUUUGCUAGCGAAACCACAGACGAGAAUCGCAUUCACCUUGCUGAAAACCUACUUGGAGUCAUUGAGGCCAUCAUCUCGGGCCAGCCACCGUCGAGGUCAGCCUCUCUUACGAACAGCUUGGUCGACAAACUGUCCGAUAUGUGGGAGAUUGUCGCCUCGCGAGAUGAGGACCGAGCGCUAGCCAAGAAGGAGGUCUUGGAGCGCUGGCUCCCCACGCUGCUGCGAUUCAUUACGCUGCACAGCAUUUCCUUGGAGCCAUCGAAUACUGCCGCGGCAGGGCCUAGCAGCUCAGCCAAGCCGGCAACGUCCACCCACAACCACGAAGCCCGAGCGCGCAUCAUCCUUGUGCUGUGUGGUCUGCUGUUGGAGAUGGAGACUCUUCCACAGGAACUUGCAAGGUCCCUUGUCCAGCAGAUAUUCGAUAUUUCGAUACUCCUAGUAGACGCUCUGCCCGACGAUCUGCGAACACAGUGUGCCAAGUCGAUUCUCUUCCUUCCGGGCACGACGGCAAGCACAGCCACCACAUCAGAUCCACGCCUGUACUAUCUCUUCAGCGCACCACGACCGACACCCGCCGAGAACCUGAAGCUCGCACACCGCGAAAAAUCGUCGAUGCCGUACACGGCCGCCGCCCGAGGCAUGGGAGCCAUGUAUGGCAUCGGCCCGGCUUCAAACGAAAGACUGAGUCCAUUCGUUCUCCGUCGCUGGGAGAUCCUCAGCGAACCGACGCCCAACGUGGGCGAGAACGACACCAGCCUCAGCCUUCGAUUGUUCGAGGCAAUCAAGGUUCAGUGA